AUGCCGGAAGUACGUCAUAUAGCUGGCUCAUUAAAAACGCAUGCUCGUAGCUUAGUUCCUUCGAAAUCCAACAUGGCGGCCUUACCCCGUUAUGGAACCAUGUCCACAAUUUGCAGAAAGUGUGUAGGGCUAACUAACAGAUUUUGGCUUCGAUCUUCGCAGGUGAGUGUGAAUUUAUUCUUUUAAUUUAACUGUACCUCCACUAAUGACUUAGUUGUCAAAUAGCGUAAAAUAUUUUUGUUGUUUGAGGUAAAGGUAUUUUAUUUGCAUAUAUGCGCGCGAGGCAACUUUCUUGGAUGUGAUAUUGAGGGCUCGCUUUCAAUUUCAAUUCGUCUUGUAACUUGUUAGAUCAGACUAACUAAGUAAGGGUCUCUAUCCGCUUUAUACUGAAUUUGUUUUCAAUAGAGUUACUAGAAUGGGGUUGCACAUCUUUGGGAUUUUGGGGUCAAGAAAGUUCUAGUAAGUAGGGAUUUAAAAAUUCGAUGAUUUGCUGUUAAAAAAUUGUCAUUGUUUUACCAAAAGUGACUAAAAUGGGAUCUUCAACUGGCUACAGAGUAGAUAGAAUUGGGAGUUUUGAGAGGCCAGCAGCACACACCCAGCAAAAAUUGACCCUAGUACCUCCCCCCUCCCCCCUCCUUCCCUCUCUGGGUGUCAUAAUCAGAAGUACUGGGCUAUGUGAUGUAGUCAAAAUAAAAUGGAGGGAGUCAGAGGCAGAUGCUUAUGGUCUGGUGAAAACUAAAUUGUUAGAGUCUGAUGCACUUGUGGGACCUGAAUUUUUUGCCUGUACUUCAGAUUGUGACUAUGAGAAGGAAAGAUGUGAGAUCUUGAAGAGUUCCUUGACUCUCUCUUCAGAGCACUUUUCCUUAUAAGGUUAAAGGAGUUCUCAGUUCUCUUUUUGAGAUUGUAAUAAUCUGGCUCAAGCAAAAUGAGGACCAUUAACAUUUCCAGAUUUAGACUGUAUUGAUGGCUGAUUGAUGUGUUUUGUUUUGUUUGGAUGCAUUUCCUCAUGUGUGCCCUUUAUGCAGUCUAGUUAAUUGGGGGAUUAUUAGUUGAUCCAAUACCGAAUUCUCCAAACUAACAUCACAAGAACUAUAUGGCAGACAGUGGGGAGAAUUAUUUUUGCAGUGUAGUUAGAUCUUGUUUUUAUUUCCAGGCCAGUGCAGUUAGUAUUACUCCAGUCAGAUGGCUGAAUCUCCAAGAAUACCAGAGCAAAAAAUUAAUGGCAGACAAUGGUCUUCAUGUGCAGCAAUUUAAAGUGGCAGAAAGUGGUAAAGAGGCAGUUGCAAUUGCCAAGGAACUGAGUAAGUUGGUGGUGAAGAAAAUUACAUUAUAAAUAACAAAUAGGUACCAUAUUUCAGUGUGUCAGUUCAGUAAUAGAUCAUAGAUGACAUCAAAAUGAGGUGAGAACCAAAAAGUGGCACAGAAGUGCUGCCAAGUGUGUCACUAAUAUUCCUACCACAUUUUCCACGUCUGCAGUGAUCUGUAACUGAACAGACUCAUGACAACAUGGAAUCUAAUUUUUUUAUGUAAUAAAGAAGCCAAAAUAUGUUGAUGGUGACACCAUCUAAGCAUCUGUUCUCCAAUAGAUCAUAGGUAUGAACCAAUCAAAAUAUGUGUAUCAUCGCAAGUAUUAUAUACCAGUAAUCAUAAUUUAAUAGGGUUCGUCUUAACAUAAAAGUGGUUUUGAUGCCAGUCCAUGAUUAAGGUGCAAAUCUGUGUCACUACAUGUGGGUGUAUAUCACUGAAAAUAUCAGAAGACACAUUUUUUAAGUGUCUGAAACUCAUGUAUGGUUACAGUGCUAUCAAGGUAUCCAGUUAACCCUUCCACUCUUAGGGGUGAUCAAUAAGUUGUUUCUCCUUACAGUAUCGGUAGGCUACUUUGCGAAUCAUGCAGAAAGACAGAUAAUAAAUAAUUUUGACUGAUUCUAACAUCAAUGUCUGGCUUAAAAAAAGAUUUUCAAAUAUGCCCAAGAAUGUUGGAAAUCAUAACUCUGGGAGUUUAAAAGUUCAAAUUUUCCAGGAGAGCAUUCCUCACAACCCCCAUAGAAGAGUGACUGUGUUGUUUUGCGACAUGCCUUACUCACUAGGCAAGCAUAAUUUAGUUCAUCCACCUCUAAGUUCAGGUCGUAUACCUCCUAAACUUUCUAAUGACAGCCCUGAUAUUUAGAUAGUACAGCUACCAUUAACAAUAUUGUUAUCUUGUAGAUGCUAAAGAAUUUGUACUAAAAGCACAAAUCCUUGCUGGUGGAAGAGGCAAGGGAACAUUCACUAGUGGCCUUCAAGGAGGUGUUCAUUUGACAUCAGAGUAAGUCAGUGUUUACCAAAUUGCAUUGUUUCUCAUGAGGUAUACUUGUAUUGAAAGCAUUUUUGUUCUUUGGUAAGGUUAAAAUAAUGAAAAUUUAAUUCAUAACCAUAUAGUUUACUUAUUUUAAAAUUUAUCUCUUGUGUUUUACUCAAGAACACAACAAUAAGGCACCAGGGCUUAUAAUAACCUUUUUCACCCUAAUACUAGUCUGUCUGCUGACAAGGAGAAUUUGUUUAACAAUCAUGAGCUUCUUAAGUUGGUCAUCAUUAUGUUCAUUCUCACAACCUUAAUGUCUGAUUCAGGGGAGAUAUUGUUAGGAGAAAUUAGAUAUUAGUCACUGUUUGUUGUCUUAAGGUUAAAUUCCAACCUCUCCAUCAUUACAUGCCACUAAUUUCUCACUUUGGGGUACUUUAUUUAAAAUUUUUUGUUACUGAUUUAUUUUACUCAUUUUUGUAUUCAGUCCAGAAAAAAUUGGUGAAUUGACAGACCAGAUGGUGGGAUACAACUUAACAACAAAACAAACACCUCCUGAUGGAGUGCUUGUGCAAAAGGUAAUCAAUGACAGUAUCAGGAUCUAAUCUUUUCUUGUAUGUUGAUGUUAUUGCAAUGUCAAGGUAGGUUAAGUCUGGGUACUAGACAAUUAUGAAUAGAUAUUCUUAUAUGUGGUGUAUGACGUAUGAAGUCACGCUGUCUUGCCUGUCAGUCUCAUAUUUAUGUAACAGGUGUGUUGUUGGGGAUUGUUUUGGCUACACAGCCGAGUUUUCUUAUAUUGUAGGGUCAGUGAAUAAAUCUCUGCUGAGUUUUGGACAUGGAACAAUGCUAUACACUACACUAUAUGCAACAUCUCUUUUUCUUAAAAACUUAUUAUCUUGUUUACUUUGGUUACAUUUUGUUUAAAUAUUCCAUAUACGAGUGUUACUUCAUCUUUCAGAUUUAAAUUGGUUGUGGUUCAACUUAAGAGUCAGAGGAAACCCCAAAAAAUAUUUUUUGUGUGCUUAUUGUCCCCAUUUUUGGCGCAUUUGAGUGAUCAGUCUCUGGCGUUAUGACGACCAGUAACUUUCAUUGUUUAUAUCAAUAAUUAUUGACUAGAUAUAGGUGCUCUGAUGUAGAGUAUUUCCUUUGUGUCUUUAACCCUUUCACUCCCAAGAUCUCAUUAGCAAUUCUCCUUACUAUCUGUCAUACAACUCUUAUGAUGUUAGUUUGGAGAAUGUAGUAUUAGAUCUACUAGUAAUCCCCUAAGGGAUACUUAUUCUUUAUUCUCAUUACUUUUAUGCUUGACAUCAUCUUGAUAUUGUAAGGAGAAAUUCUGUUUUGAUCACUUAUGGGAGUCGCAAGGUUAAAAGAAACAGCCAAUGAUUUCACAAGUCAGUUAUGAGGAUAUAAAAAUAUAUUGUAUUUUCUGUUUUUUUGGCAGGUAAUGGUAGCAGAGAGUUAUGACAUUUCACGUGAGACCUAUUUGGCCAUUUUAAUGGACAGAGGUUAUCAAGGACCUGUUAUUGUGGGAAGUCCUAAAGGUGGUGUAGAUAUCGAGGAAGUCGCAGAAAAAACACCUGAACACAUACACAAGGUAACUUUGACCAUUCUGACUCAAAAACCUGAUCAGCGUUAAUCUUACAUUAGAGGACUCGUCGAUUGACUUUCCGUGAAAACAAAACCAAAGGAGGUAUUGGCAUUUUCGAUUUUGCGGUUUUGGCUAUUUAUAAGAUCGGUUUUCCGUUUUUUUUUUUUGCCAAGAAACGUCGGUUUUUUCGGUUUUGGUUUUCAUUGUAAUUUGCGGAUUUUCCGUUUUUCAGCAUUUGGUUCUCCGUUUUGUUAAAAAACACUGAUGGGUGUUCGGAUUUGGUAUCUGAUGUGGUUUUGGUUUUUCCUAUUUCCGGUUUCUUCUCGAUCUGAGCGGCAAUAAGGCGCCUCCACUAAUCUCGAAUAGCCGCGAAAAUCUCUGUUUGCUCCACUUGUCACUGGCUGUAUCGGAUCGAUUUGGGUUUCAGUUAACUGGGAUGUGAAAAUUUAUCGGUUUUGACGAUUUUUGCCUACGCUUUUCGGUUUUAAUCAAUGAGAAGAAAGGAAAAUACCUUGAAUAACUAAUGAGAACUCAAAGUAAAACCAACCACACAGCCAACCAAGCGCGUGAAGACGCGGGCAACCAAGUUGCGAUUGGUAUAAGUUUCGCAUCUGAUUGGUUGAGAGAGUGGGGCGAGUUUUCCGCAAAUAAAGCAAAUCCAAUGCAAUCUAUAUCGUGCAAGACGUCGUGAAUAUUGUCUCGACUUUUUUCAUUUACAGGUUGCUGUUGACAUCUUUAAGGGGAUCACUGACGAAGAUGCAAGAUACCUUGCGGAGAAAUUAGAAUUUCAAGGACCUUUGUUAGAAGAAGUAGGUUAAUUGGACAGAAAUUCAUGUACAUGUAAAAAUUAACUCGUAACGAAUGGUCCCCUGCAAAACAGGUAAUUGCGUUUCCCAAGAAUCGUAAUGUUUCCUGAGACGGAGCCGAUUUAAGUGACAUUUGAUACAUGGCACAACAAAGACACUAGAGCACGCAAUGUUAAAACAAAUAGCACAUUUUUAAAAAAAGAGCGCUUUUUGAUUGAGUGUCGGGAAACGCGAGUGACCAAGUCGUGAUUGGAUUUAUUGUACAAAGUACAUUGCACAACCUCAUUUGGAGUAGAGAAAGUCUUGUGCAUUUUGAUUUUAAUGAGCAAUUUUUUAUUACUAAUUUGGUUUGCGUCUUACAGGCCGCAGAACAGAUAAAGAAACUUUAUGAGCUGUUUCUUAAAGUCGAUGCAACACAAGUAGAAAUCAAUCCUUUUGGUGAAACACCUGACGGAAAAGGUUUGCAAAACUUUCGUGCAAAAAUGCUGUUUUACUUGGAAAUUAUGGAGGAUGGUGUUUUACUUAAUAUUGUAUGUUAAAAGAACAUUUUAUUUCAAACUGUUUCAGUUGUUUGCUUUGACGCUAAGUUCAACUUUGACGACAGUGCCAAGUUCCGACAGCAGGAAGUGUUUGCAAUGGAUGAUCAGAGUGAAAGCGACCCACGAGAGGUGGAGGCUGGAAAGUAUGACCUGAAUUAUAUUGGCCUGGAUGGAAACAUUGCCUGUCUUGGUGAGGACGAUAGCAUAGAGUACAAAUAUCCUGCGAUAUGUGCGGUUGUUUGGACAGUUGGUUAUUUUGUACUGUAAAAAACCUGUUUGACCAGUCGGCUGCGCGCUAUACGCUUCUCUAUCCGCUUUGCUUUUCCCGCCUUAUGAGAAAUAAACAGAAAGACUUAGCAGAAAAAAAAGCAGGUGGAUAAUAAAUAACUUAUCAGACGUUUUGGUGUGUAGUAUCGCUGAGUAUUUUUACUCGUUGUUUGUAUUUUGUUGUUCGUAUGAAAAUGCGGCAAAACUCGUAAGAGUACUCAGCGAUAGUACGCACCAAAACGUCUAAUAAGAUACACUUAUUUCCUAGUGAAUGGCGCCGGGUUAGCGAUGGCAACUAUGGACAUCAUCAAACUUCACGGGGGUACCCCAGCGAACUUCUUAGAUCUUGGGGGUGGAGUGAAGGAGGAAGGAGUCUUUCAAGCUUUCAACAUUGUAACAAAGGACCCUAGAGUGAGUAACGAUUUUGAUGCCCUCGUUUUCUUUAGUUUUUUUGCAUUGUUAUUGUUCUUUUGUUACACACAAACUCCGAUAGCAGUCACGGCGCUCAAUCCAGAAGCAUUUACAGUUAUUUUGGGAUCUGUUUCUCUUUUAAGGUAAAAUCUAUUUUGGUGAAUAUAUUUGGCGGCAUCGUCAACUGUGCCACCGUAGCAGAUGGAAUCACUUCAGCGUACAAAAAACUCAAGGUUAAUGUUCCUGUAGUGGUGCGUUUAGAAGGUAGGUUGUUGAUAAUUUUAAUGUGACGCGUGAACACUGUAAUUAAUUUGAGUUAAAGACUACUUCAAACAUUUUCAUCGGGAACACUGCCGCAGAUAGUUUUCCCGCCUUCUCUGUCAGCCAGUGGAACCACGCCACUGUCUGAUUGUGUGCAUGUGGCUGUUAGACUAUUCGGAUUAUGAUGGGUCAAAUAUCAUGUAGCAUAGAAAACCGUGCGGCAGGUUUCCUGCCCUUUUAAGCUUCUCUAUGGUGUCAUGCUUCUUGCUAUUUGGUCAGCAGACUGAAAGUCGUAUUCUGAUUGGCAAGUCCUCUCGCCUUCACUGUUAGUCGGUGGUGCCACGCUUCACUCUCAUAGGUUAGCUGGCAAAGAGUCACAUUUUGAUUGGUCAUAUUUCUUCUGUCGUUUAACGAAGGCGCAGUUUUCCCGCCAUUUUAGGUUGUUGUGCCGCCUUCUUCCUGGUUGAGUUGCUGACUACAAGUUUGCAUUCUGACAGGUCAAAUGUCAAAUGUAUGGUAUGGGACAAUUCUCACUAACUGUUCUUCGUGUUAAUAUAAAGGUACAAAUGUGGAAGAGGCCAAAAGAAUUCUCAGAGAUAGUGGAAUGCCGCUGAUCCCAGCAGAUGAUAUGGAUGACGCGGCCCAAAAAGCAGUCACAAGUCUUACGAACUAACGUCUGUUUUUGGACCAUCUAGUUAGUUACCAAUCCUUUAACCUCUUGCGCUAAAAUCGCAGGGUCCUCGAUCGAUGGGUGGAUGUUAGUCGCGCGCAAGAAGGCCUAAAUGAUUAAAAAAAAUUGAGGACAGACUCUAUGGUCAGAGUAUGAACGUUGUGCCUGGUACAUUGUUUGUGAAUAAUACAUGGCUUGGAUUAGAACUUUGAAAUGUAAUGGCUGAAUUUUACGAGUAUCGUUUACUUCCGGGAGUUCACACAAUGAGACUUAAGUAAUUUGAUAGGCCUUUUUAUCAUAAAAAUGAAGCAUAAAUUUUUUAGGUUUGUCAUAGUUGUGUUAAUUCUUCGCCAUUUUUGGCCUCCCUUGUCCUUUUCCAGUUUAUUCUUCCUUUGCUGUGUUUGUCUACUUUAUCACGCGGUCAUUUUGAAGUUAAGGCAAUUUUUGAUAAUGCUAAAAUGACUCCACCCUGCGUAGCUGGCGCUUUUGUGAGCCGAGAAAAUUAGCAGUGAAGCUGCGGAGAAUUGGAGCUUGAACCUCGCUGCACAUUUACCAGGACAGUUCAGCAGAGCUACAACAUUGCACUUUGAGCCAAUUUGGGUUCACACGAUCAGUGAAAGUAUAUCAACCCUAACAUCAGAAUGUAUAUUAUCCAUACC